AUGGCAGUGCGGAAGAGUCAAAACACCCGCUUCCGCGGCUGGCUGCGGUGCGGCACGAAGCGGAGCGUGGCGCUGACGCUGAGCCGGGCCCUGGGGGGCUGCGCGGCCGCCGACGACACCGACUGGGUCCGGCUGCCCAGCAAGUGCGAGGUAUGUAAGUAUGUGGCAGUAGAGUUGAAAUCUGCUUUUGAGGAAACUGGGAAGACAAAGGAAGUGAUUGACACAAAGUACGGCUUCCUGGAUGGAAGAGGGUCUGCAGUCAAGUAUACACAAUCGGAUGUCCGGCUAAUCGAAGUGACAGAGAACAUCUGUAAACGGUUGCUGGACUACAACUUGCACAAAGAGAGAAGUGGAAGCAAUCGAUUUGCAAAGGGAAUGUCAGAAACCUUUGAAACGCUGCACAACCUGGUACACAAAGGGGUAAAGGUGGUGAUGGACAUUCCCUACGAGCUGUGGAAUGAGACCUCUGCAGAAGUAGCUGACCUCAAGAAACAGUGUGAUGUGCUGGUGGAGGAGUAUGAAGAUGUGAUUGAAGACUGGUACAGACAUCACCAGAAAGAAGACCUCUCCCAGUUUCUCUGUGCAGACCAUGUGCUGAAAGGGAAAGAUACAAGUUGUCUGACAGAACAGUGGACUGACAAGAAGGGGGACACAGCAAAUGCAGGGCAGAAGAAGACCAAGAAGAAAGGUGGCAAAAACAAGGAGACAGCAGAGGAAAAAAAGAGGAACAGGAAGGAGGAGCCCACGGGGGCAGACAGCCACCUGGAACCAGGCACCCAUGGGACCCCCAAGGACAGGGGCAUCCAGGAGAAGGCUCCUCUUUCACACAGCUCAGCUGAUGAGCUGUAGGCUUUCCACAGCUGGGGCUGCCCACUGUAGGGACUGCAACAGCCAGACAUCUUGCAGGAUGGCCACCCCUCCAUUACAAAACAGUGAAUUAAAUAGGGAUCUAAUGGGUUCUUCUGUGGGUAGCAAUCUACUCCUAAUGGGCUGAGAUCUCAGCCAGUUAAGUUAUGUUGCCACUGGUCAGCUCAUCGUCUGAAUACGAGUUGUGUAAAGAGAGGGCAGGCAGGAAGUAGCUUCCUCAUGGGACCAUAUUAAGUUGCCCACAUACUCCAUAGACCUUCAGCAGCUGAGACCUGCUGCCCUCUUCUUUUUCCCUUCUGCCUCCCUUUGCCUAGCCUUGCCAUACUGAAGAGGUUCUGGAAUCAGGAGAAAGGAGGGUUGGUUUGUUCACAUCCUUUGCCUGCUCCAAGAUGGCUUGCCAGCAGCUUGGCAGACGAGCAGCCUGCAGGUGGGCUCAUGCUCUGCACUUCAUGGAAGCUGAGCUAACCCUGCCCUCCCUUGCACCAGCCAGGCCUAGAGAGCCUAUUAGGGUGGCACAGGGUAGAGAACUAGCUACUCUGCAAGAGCCUUGCCUUAAAAGAACAGCUGCAGUCACCAUCCCAUUCAGAACAUUGCCCCAGCAGUGUAGCAGCUCUUGAUCCCUACUACAGAACGCGCCCUUGACUCUGCUGCCAGACAUCUGCAGUCGAUAGUGACCUUACAUAUUGGGUUAGUCUUUAUACUGACUCUCAACACCCCUCCCCUGCUGGCAACAGCUUCUCACUUCCCUGGAAGAGGCUUUCUUAUAUUAUGCAGGUCUUCUUGCCUGCUGGGCUUUACCUCCUCUUAAAUAAAGGGACAGCAAGUGCUGAGGGAGUGGGAGCCUGCAACAGCCCACAAAAUACUAAUGUGGAUGCUGGCAGCAAAAUUAACUCUUUCUGUGAAGAUUUUCCCUUGUUGCAAGAGGAUCCAGCUUGUGUGCCGGCACAAAGACUCAUCAAAGCUCUGUCCUGUCAGAUGUGUUGGACCCUGAGUGGGAGUGGGAUCAGGCCUGACUCAGUCCAGCUGGACUCACCUGCAAGCCCUGUCACAGGUUACUGGCUCACCCUUUGGCCUGUUGAGAUGGCUGUUUUGGUAGGAAUGGGCAUGUUCCAAAGUGCUCUCUACUCUCACAGCCAUAAGACCUGUGGCAACAUAUUCCCUGGCACUGGAGGAUGCAGCAAGUCUUUGCUUUUCAGCCAGAGGGCAGCUGUGGACCUCGCCUGUCUCCUGGGGCCAUCUUUGGCCAUAUUAUCAUGAGUCUCAUGAUAUCGGCUGUUUUCUUUAAAGCUUCCACUCCUGUUGU